CUCCGUCUCCAUCUCCAUCGCCUCCCAUCUCCAUGGACGACUCCGAUUCCUUCAAUUUUUCAAACGCAAUCCCACGCCGUCGACUUAAUACCCAAAACCCACUAUUUUCACCCCAUUCCGCCGCUACAAUUCAUCAUCUCCGCCGAUGGUAACCCUUGCUUCUUCGAAGGAUGCUUGAAGCAGCGAUUGGAGGAGUUGCAGCAGCAGCUCGGGAAGAAACAGCAAUUCGAGGAAGCAGUUUUCUCCAUCAAUUCCCUCCUUCAAAACCAUUUCUCCUCCACUUCUCCCUCUCUCCGCAAAUCGUUUUAUACGGUUGUAUGCCGAGUUGUGACGACUUUUGGCUUCUAGCUCGUUGGAUUGUGGCUGUUCUGUUCUGUUAUUUGUUAUUGAAGGAAUCGGAGGAGUCAAUCGAGAUGGAGACACAGAUGAUUGCAAAAGGGUCAAGAGGAAGGAGGAACUGGGGAUUAAGGAAACGACGUCGUUUUGGUCGGGACUCCAAUUUUUCUUUAGGAGGCAGGACUGACGCGCACUUUACCGUUUGUAUUUAUACUAUUUAUCGAUCAGUAGAUCGAGGUAGCAGCAUCUUGGUUUACGAGCUUUUGGCACGGGACUCGUAUGCUCGUUGUAUGUACCAACUAGGGCCUCGUGUUUUCGAUAGGAAUGCAGAUCAAUGUCUUACUAAAACCAUGACUCAGCUCUUGUUUUUUUGAAAAGUUUUGAAAAAGAAUUUGCCUCGUAUAAUUUUUGUGUAAAUUACCUUUGUGUAUAAAAUUUUUAAAUUAAUUAUAAAUGAGUUUAACUCAGUUUAUCUUAUAACUUUAAAUAUUUUGGCAUUUUUCAAUAUAUAUAUGAUAUUCUUUUUAUUAAAUUGAUUUUCUGAAUGUAGGUUUUCUUUUAAAGAAAUAUUUUAUAUUAUAAGUGUUUUUACUUUCGUUGCAAUUCUUUACUAUAAAUUUUGUUUCCGAACUCUUUUAGAACUAAGAGUGCCUAGGGAGGUGUGUUAUACUGACAAUGCAAGCGAAGGCUUUUGCUUUUUGGUAAAUGCCUUUUCUAUCUCACUUCAAGUCAAUAUUUCAUUUUG